AUGAAAGCACUGGCAACCGACGGGAGGAUAUUCCCUGAACUCCGACCAUUUGAAAAAAUAUAUAAUUUAAAAAUAAAGAAUUUGACACCGGAUAUUGAAAUUUUACGAUACGCGGCCGCCACGCUGGAGUUACCCGGCAAGUCCCCCUCGGACGGUUCGAUUCUCCUCGUAGCGGGCCAAACCGCUACGCACAAGUUUUUGGUGCGUAGUGGCACAGUCGUCUUAAAUGGAAAUUUUACGAUACGCGAAUUUCUGCGUAGCGGUUGGGUCGACUUCUGUGAAAUUCAAUCGUCCAUAGGUGACAACGGUGUGAUGAAAAUAAAAAUGUGUGCGUAG